UAAACACUAUGGAAGGGGAAUGUCAAGAUUUUAAUGAUCCUAGGUGUCAUUCUUCAAAAACAAUUAUUGUUUCAGAAACUGUUUUGACUGGGCCUAUCUCAUCUUUACCCUCUCUGGGGAAUGGGAAUGAAAUGACACCUGGAUCAGUUACACAGCCAAAGAAAAUAAGAGGAAUUGGAUUUGGAGAUAUUUUUAAAGAAGGCUCUGUGAAACUUAGGACAAGAACAUCCAGUACUGAAACAGAAGAGAAAAAAACAGAAAAGCCCUUAAUCAUGCAGUCAGUAGGAUCCAAAAUUCAGAGUGUGGAGACAACAAAAACAGACACUGAAGCUAAGGAAUAUUGUAGAACAUUAUUUGCCUAUGAAGGUACUAAUGAAGAUGAACUUACUUUUAGAGAGGGAGAGAUAAUCCACUUAAUCAGUAAGGAUACUGGAGAAGCUGGUUGGUGGAAGGGUGAACUUAAUGGUAAAGAAGGAGUAUUUCCAGAUAAUUUUGCUGUUCAGAUAAAUGAACUGGAUAAGGACUUUCCAAUAAUAGCCAUCUGA